CCUCUCACGCUCCGUACAAGUGGGACUACUGGCCCCACGACGACGUUCGGGCCGAGUGCCGCUUCGUGGGUCUGACUAACCUGGGAGCCACCUGUUACCUGGCGUCCACCAUCCAACAGCUCUACAUGAUCCCUGAGGCCCGCCAGGCCGUCUUCACUGCCAAGUAUGCUGAGGAUAUCAAACAUAAGACGACGCUGCUGGAACUGCAGAAGAUGUUCACGUAUCUCAUGGAGAGCGAGAGGAAAGCGUAUAAUCCGCGGCCGUUCUGUAAAACCUACACGAUGGACAAACAGCCUCUGAACACCGGCGAGCAGAAGGACAUGACGGAGUUCUUCACAGACCUCAUCACCAAGAUAGAGGAGAUGUCCCAGGAGCUGAAAAACACAGUGAAGACUCUGUUUGGAGGCGUCAUCACCAACAAUGUGGUCUCUCUGGAUUGUGACCACGUCAGUCAGACCGCGGAGGAGUUUUACACCGUCAGAUGUCAAGUGGCCGACAUGAAGAACAUCUAU